AUGGCCCCUAUCAAUGUUGCGCAUACUUCCACAAGCACUAAUUACGACCAAUCACUCCAAUCAGCAUCACUUGAACUCAAAUAUGAGCGAAGUACACACCUAGUCGAUAUCAUUUCAAAGGACGAGAACCUGCGUAAAAUGCGUUUCGACAAGCACAAACUCGAGGAUGACAAUGAAGAAUUGCGCGAACUCUUGACCCAGGAAGAGGACCGCUCAGAGUCGCUGGAGAAGACUGUUAACGACAACCUCGCUCGCGCCGAAGACGCCGAAGCUCAUGCUAUCGACCUGCAGACCGAUCUGCAAGCCGCUGAGCAGGAGCUCUCCAUCCUGAGGGCAGAAGCAAAUGCUCUACGAAAUGUCACAACCGAUUCGGAAAAGCUCCUUACUGAGAAGCUCGACUUGGCUCGUCAACUGUCUACACUCAAACCAGAGCUCGACCACCUACGCGCCCAGGUUGAAGCCAACCAAGAUCUCCUCUCCGAAAAGCUUGCGCUGCAACGACAAAUUAGCGAAAUCCAGACCGAACUUGAUCACGCCAAAUCCGAAGCUAAGCGCGCAAUCGCCAAACGCCGCAACACUCAACACGACCUGAACCAGCAGGAUGAGAUUGAUGAUUUGCGCAAGGCCCUGACAAGGGAGAAGCGAUUGAGAGAAAAGGCUCAAGAAGAUCUGGAAGCUGCUCAGGCCGAGUUGGAACGUGAGAAGGAGACUGCACAGCGCAAGAACACAACCGAAGCUGCAAAGGCAGAGGAGAAUGCCAGCGUCCAGGUGGAGACAGAAGAGUUGCGUCGUCAACUCGCAAAGGAGCGCAAGGAGCGGGAGAGGACCGAGAAGACACAACAGAAGAUCCAAUCCGACUGGGAUGCCACGAAAGCAAUUCUCGACGACAAACUCAACCAAUUCCGCACAAAGCUGAAGUCGACCAAGGAGAAGCUCAAGGAGACGGAAGCGCAGCUCGAUGAAGCUCAGAGAUGCGCUGCAGCCGACGCAAGAUCCAUGCCAGUUGCGACUGAAAAGGCCACCAAACAACCCAAGAAGAGAAACGCAGCACAAAUGGACCCGGACUCGCAAAAGCUUGGAACACCAGGUCAAGCUAAGCCCGCCAAAAAGGGCCGCAAAGCUGCAGCUGUGGGCGACAAGUCGACCUUCUCCAUCACACCCUUCUUGAACCGUACCAUGAGCAUCGCACCAGAGAGCCCUGAACAUGCCGCAGAAGUACCAGCAGAAGCAGCCGCUGAAGAAUCGGAAUCUGAAAUUGAGGCCGACUCGCCAACCGCACCUAGUGUACGACCAACCACGGAGACUGCCCCCAAGCCCUUAGCAACUGUACCUGCCAGCAAGAGCAACAUCAAGAAAGCCAAACCCACUGCCGAGCCGAAACCAAAGAAACAAACCAAAAAGCAAGCACUGGAACAAGUCGUUGAAGAAGUCGAACCCACGUCACAAGAGGAAGCUCCAGCAGCAACCACCAAAGUACCCACUUUCAAGGCCAAGAAGACCGCAGACGGCGAGACGAAACCAAAGCCCAAGCAACGCAAGUCCCUCGCCACUUUUGCUGCCUUCACACACGAGCCAGAGCCAGAGAAGAAGCAGAAGAAGCGCAAGCUUGGUGGUUUGGGCAAGACGCUGUUCGACGACGAAGAUGAUGCGCCUAGUAAGCCAUUGCCUGGUCGCGGGAACGGUUUGUUUGGAGCAACACGUCUUGGACCUCUUGCAGCCGGAGGCGUUAGGGGUAGCUUCAUUGGCGGUAUGGGCAAGAAGAAGUCUGGACUCUUGACAGCGGACGAUGGUUUCAUGUUUUCUCCUCUUAAGAAGGAGAGAAAGGCCAUGGCCAGUUUCAUUCAGUAG